AUGUCUCUCCAACGGGUCGCUCGCGCGAAUGUGCUGCGACACCUGCGCCUCGGCGAUGUCUUGUCUCACCAGACUCGCGUGAUCGGAGUGCAGAAUCAGCUUCGCCGUCUUUCUCUCGCCACCAAUUCCCGAUUCUCGACUCCGCUGGCCGGAUCUAUCUCUGCUGUUACUUCUCAACAGUCGCGAUCCUUUGCGACAGAAACCGCUAGUCCUAAAAAGUCGACCAAGAAGUCAACAACCAAGAAGCCCAAAGCGGAGAAGAAGAAACCCAAGCGCGGGUUGACGGAGAAGCAGAAGGAGGCCAAGGAGAAGAAGGAGAGCCGCGAGCUUGUCAAACAGCUCAAGGAGACUGCUCUCCAACCACCAAAGAAGCUGGCCCAAACGGCCCGCACUAUUGCUACCCAGGCCAAGCUCAAGGAAGUUCGGGAGCAGAACCCUUCGCGCCCUCAGGCGGAGAUUUUCAAGGAGGCUGUUGAGUUGGUCAACUCCCAGCGACUGGCCGAGGCUGACCGAUAUGUCAACCAAGCCGAGGAAAACCGAGCAGCCAACGAAGCCUCCUAUGCAGCAUGGCUCAAGGAAUACACGCCUCUUCAGAUCAAACAGGCAAACAGUGCUCGCAAACACCUCCGCCGACUGGGCCAUUCCAAGUUCUAUGGUAUCCAAGAUGAGCGGUUGGUCAAGGCUCCCCUCAAUACCUACAUGUUUUUCUUGAAGGAGCGCCAUGAUAGCAGCGACUUCAAGCAUCUCCCCGUGAAGGAUGCGGCGCUGCGGAUCGCUGAGGAAUGGAAGGGUUUGACCGAUUUGGAGAAGCAGCCCUACAUUGAGAAGGCCGAGCGUGACCAAGAGCGCUAUCGCGAGGAAUACCGAGAGGCGUAUGGUGAGGACGCACCUCUGCCGAAGCCCAAGGCGUCGUCCACCUAG